AUGGCGCCCCCGGUGUCUCCCUUCCGCACAGACAUCCUGAAGGGCAAGGUGGCCCUGAUCACAGGCGGUGGUUCUGGCAUCGGCUUUGAGAUCACCAGACAGCUAGGCUUGCAUGGUGCGAGCGUCGUGAUCUCCGGCAGACGCGUGGAGGGAGACGUACGGAAGUACGAGGCCUGCGAGGCCAUGGUGGCAGGCGCUGUUGCCAAGUUUGGGCGUCUGGACGUCCUGGUCAACUGCGCGGCCGGCAACUUCUUGGCAGCCCCAGAGCAGCUGUCGAGCAACGGCUUCCGGACCGUGCUGGAGAUCGAUACCCUGGGCACCUUCAACAUGUGCAAGGCCGCCUUCCCCGCGCUGCAGUCCUCGGGCGCGGGCUCCAUCGUGAACAUCAGCGCCACGCUGCACUACGGCGCGACCUGGUACCAGGCCCACGCCUCCGCCGCCAAGGCGGCGAUCGACAGCCUGACCCGGAGCAUGGCGCUGGAGUGGGGGUCCUUUGGCAUCAGGGUCAAUGGCGUGGCGCCUGGCCCCAUCGCCGGCACGGCAGGCAUGGAGAAGCUGGCCCCGGGCAAGGCCUCGGCGCUGAGCGCUGAGGUGGCGCGCCGCGUGCCCGUGGGGCACAUGGGCGAGCGCGCCGACAUCGCCCUGGCCUGCAUUUACCUCUGCUCCUCGGCCGCCGGCUUCAUCACGGGGCACACCAUGGUCGUGGAUGGCGGCGAGUGGAUGUACAGGGAGCCCAUCGUGCCUCGUUCGAUGGUGGCCAAGGUCUCGCGCGGCGUGGAGGGCAAGAGCAGGGCGGUCGGCAUUGCAGGCAGCAGCAAGCUUUGA